GUGUCGUCGUACCAUCCGUCGUCCGGCUUCACACAUAAUUAUUAUAUUUGCUUUGUUUUUGUUUUAUUGCCUUCUCCUCCUCUACACCACCCAUUGAUCCUUGGUUUUGAUCGUUGGAUGCCCGGGUACCGUCGUUUUUAUUCAGCUAGCAGCAGCAGCAGCAACAACAGUAACAACAACGACAGCAACAACAACAAUAACAACAGUAAAAGCAACAACCAAGACGACGACGUUCACAACGACGACGAUCGGGACAUUGUAGGAACAUUACCCUUACCACAAAACAUUCAUCAAAAGAAGACAACAAAAACAUUCUUAUCCACAAAGACAACAACAGGAACAACAACAACAAAUCGUUCCCGUUCCCCGCGCUCAUCAUCAUAUAACGAUCUGUGCGCUUGCUGCAGCAAUUGCAACAAGGAGCAACAACUAGAGCAAUCAUCUUCCUCGUCCUCCACAUCUUCGCCAUCAUCCUCGGCAUCAUUUACGACCGUCGCUGCCCAAGCUUUAGCCAAACAGCUUGUACGCUCUGUGACCGCCACCAGCAUCAUGGAUAUGCCCUAUAACACAUCGCCCUCGUUACGCGUGCGCACCACCUCAUUGAAUCAAUUGAAAAAGACCGCUGAUCUGGCCAUUGAGAACGAGUUGCAUGUCUGCCCAUCCGUAAUGUCAGAUGAGUUGCGUAAACUGUUGCCACCAACAUCGGAGACGGUGAUGACUAAACCGUUUCCCAUACGCGGAGAACGCACCAUUGCCGAUUGUACGACACCGCAUGUGAUUGCUAUGGUGGGUCUGCCGGCACGUGGUAAGACAUUUAUAUCCAAGAAAUUGGCACGUUAUUUAAAUUGGAUUGGCAUUGCCACACGGGUAUUCAAUUUGGGUGAAUAUCGUCGUCAUGCAACAACAGCUUACAAAUCCCAUGAAUUCUUUCGUGCUGAUAACGAGGAGGCCAUGGCCAUACGUAACCGAUGCGCCAAUCAGGCCCUCCACGAUUCGUGUGAAUGGCUACUGAGCGGAUUAGGCAGCAUCGCUGUAUUCGAUGCCACCAAUUCGACAAGGGAUCGUCGUCAAUUGAUUUACGAUAUUGUGGUUAAGCAGCAUGGCUUUCGCCUAUUCUUUGUCGAAUCAAUCUGCGAUGAUCCAUCGAUUAUUGAGCAAAACAUACUUGAGGUCAAGGUCAGUUCACCUGAUUAUUUAAAUAUGAAUACCGAACUGGUGGUUAGAGAUUUCCUGCAACGCAUUGAGCACUACGAGGAACGAUAUCAGCCGAUAGACGAGGUUACCGAAAAGCAUUUAAGCUUCAUGAAGGUCUACAAUGCCGGCAAAAAGGUUGUGGUCUACAACAAUGAGGGACAUGUUGAAUCCCGCAUUGUCUACUAUUUGAUGAAUAUCCAUAUAACACCGCGAACCAUCUAUUUGACACGCCACGGCGAGAGUGAGCACAAUUUGAGCGGUUUAAUCGGCGGUGAUUCGAAUCUGAGCGCGCGUGGCCAUCAAUAUGCCAGAGCGUUGUCUUCGUUUAUUUCCCAGCAACAUAUUGAUGGCCUACGUGUCUGGACCUCCUGGAUGAAGAGGGCCAUACAGACAGUGGCCGAUGUCAAGGCACCGCAGGAACGCUGGAAGGCCCUCAAUGAGAUCGAUGCUGGCCAUUGUGAGGAGAUGACCUAUGAGCAGAUUAAAGAACGGUUCCCCGAAGAGUUUAAGGCGCGUGAUGUGAACAAAUUUGCCUAUCGUUACCCACGUGGUGAAUCCUACGAGGAUCUUGUGGCCCGCCUUGAACCUGUGAUUAUGGAACUCGAACGACAGGGCAAUGUCCUUGUGGUCUCACAUCAGGCUGUGCUCCGUUGUCUGUUUGCUUACUUCCUAGACAAAUCGGCCGAUGAGUUACCCUAUUUGUAUGUGCCAUUGCAUACGGUUAUUAAAUUGACACCCGUUGCCUAUGGCUGCAAGGUGGAGCACAUUAAAUUACCCAUCGAUGCGGUGGACACGCAUCGUCCAAAGCCAAAGAUACCCGGCGAUGUUAGUGAGCCGGGCUUGGAUGGCCUUAGCGGUGAGCUGGUAGCGCCCGAUGGCGUGGGCAAGGUGCUCAUUGUGGGCGAUGAUGUGGCCACGGCCACAAAUGGCAAUGGCGGCGGUCGUGUGGAUCCAUCGCAUAUUCAAUGACAUCAACAACAACAGCGACAACCGCGACGUUUACCACCAGCCCAACCCCCACCCAAAUCAAAGACACUUUAAAAAGGCCCAACCACAAUAUAACCACCACCACCACUAAGUCCUCCUCCUACACGACUAAAAUCGCAUACGUCCCACGCCCCGGCCUCCACACCCCACUCCCCCUCUGUGUGCAUCAAUCAAUCAAUGAGGAUGCUUUUAACGGUCGCUGUUAUUUAACAUUGCCAGCGGCACAGCACUUAUAUACUGUUAACAGCAGCUUCUACUGUAGUGACUUAACAGAGCCAAUUCUUGUCCUCUCUUUUUUUAUUCAAUUUACUUAACGCAAUUUGUUGACUUUAAUUUCAUUUUGGUUACUGCUAUGGAUUUCUUUACUUUUCUGUCUUCUUUUGUUUGUCAACAUUCAAUGUACUUUAAUUAAGCUUAAAAGUCUUGUUUUUUUUUUCUUGUGAUAAUUUGGAUCCAAGGGAUUUUAUGUGCUGUGCUCUCUCUCUUCAUAAACAACAAAUACAAAACAAACAAAAAAAAACAUCGUUUCGAUCCAUUUUAUUACAUUUCUUCUUAAGACAUUUAUACAAAAAUUAAAUUUAGUAAACAAAAAAAAACUGUAAU